GUUGUUCUAAGCGACUCAUGGCACGAAACGUCCAACCCCUUUACAAACAAUGAAAUAAAAAAAUAACGACUUUUUAGAAAAUAAUUUAUCAUGGGGACUGUCUUAAAUUAUGGGAACCUCGCACAUUUUAGACUUGACAGUUGAAUAUAUAGAAUUUCUUGUUGUGCAAUUUAUAAGAUUUUGUGUAUUCCUUAUUUCGUCGAAGCAUGAAACAAGUAUUGUCGCAAAUAUGGGUGACAAAUCAACUUUAGAGGAAGAGUUUGGUGAAUGCAUUGAAAACGUCCAUGAUUAUAGCUAUUGUGAAAGUGUUGAUAUAGAAAUUGGUAAAGUCCACUCAUCAGCUGCUAAAAGAAAUAGCAUUGAAGUAGCCCGCAAUUCUAAAAGAAAACGCUUGCAUAUGGACAGUUCCGAAUGCUUUGAGCAAGGUAAUAAGUCGUUAGCAAGUGGUUCCCCAGGUUUAUCGCUUUCUGUCAAUAGAGAUGCCAGCAGGGGAUUGUAUCCUGUCAUCAGAAACAGAAAACGAAAGGUUGAUGUGCAUGAUGAAAGACACAACUUUGCAAGAAUUAAUACAGAAAAUUCAACAUUUGCUAAUGCCAGAACUGGGUUUGUGGCUGCAAGUGAAAUGUAUAACAUUGCUGUGAACAAGUCUCCAAUAAAAGAAACACCUGACAAUUUUGAUAAUCAGUCAUUUAGAAAAGUACCAAAACAAAUUAAGCAAAUACAAAAUCAAGGGAGCAUUUUGAACUUCUUCAUGCAAUGCCCAUCUAAAUUAGAAUGUCCAUCAGGAACCGUCUUCAAUACUUCAACUAAGCCUAUAACCCAGGUUAUGAAAGACAGCAUGGAAUCCACAACGUCCAUUGAUGCAAUGGUACCAAAACUAAACAUUGAAAUGAAUAAUGAUAAAAUACCAGCCUCGGGAAGGUCAGUCCUGUAUUCGCCCAUAAAAAAAGCUGGGAAUGACUGUGACUCCACCUGUAUUUAUAUCAGUAACGAUAACAUACCAGCCUCGGGAAAGUCAGUCAAGUAUUUGCCCGUAAAUAAAGCUGGAAAUGACUGUGACUCCACCUGUAUUGAUAUCAGUGACGAUAAAAUACCAGCCUUGGGAAGGUCAGUCAUGUAUUCGCCCAUAAAAAAAGCUGGGAACGACCGUGACUCCACCUGUAUUUAUAUCAGUGACGAUAGUGAUUCAAACAGUCGGUUCUCCUCACAAGGAACCAACAAAACUUUGCAAAAUCCUAAAAGUGAUGUUGUAAAGCAGCUGUUUAAUGCACAAAGGAGUUUACUUAAAGAUCCCAAGCACAAAUCUAAAGGGAAGAAGCAGACAUCAAAAUCAUUUACCAGUAUUUCAAAAACUGAAAUUGAAAGUGUAAAGAAUGAAGCUGCAAAAUAUUUUCUUGGUGACAGUUUUGACAUGAAUUCAGUUUUUAAUUCUGAAUCUGAUGUGGAAGGUACUUUAAGUCCCAUUCCUCAGUCUAAUGUCAAAACAAAAGUGUUGCCAAAAGCUGUGAUAUCUGAUAAAUAUGGCCUCUUAGGAACUGGUAAUUAUCCAAGAGAUGUAGAUGAAAAAAUAAAUUAUUUUGAGCAUCUCCCUCCAGAAGUUGUUGAAAAUAUUUUUUGCCAGUUACCAAUGCUGGACUUGUGUCUAAACAGUAAUCGUGUAUGUUUGCAGUGGAAUCAAAUAAUUGGAAGUGAAAAGUUCGUGCCAUGGAAAAAGCUGUAUCAUAAGCUAAAAGCUGACCAUGGGACCAGCAGGGUAGAGGUUCGCCAGAUGAUGGUGAAAUAUGGCAUGAAAUUCCCAUCCAAUUACUUAGCAGCUUUGAUAAGGUACAUGAAAGACUUCAAGCCAGUCACUGCUGCCAACAUGCUGGAAUGUUUGUCCAAACAUCGCAGAUACAGCCUUGCAGGACAGCUGAUAGAUGAACGCUUGGAAGACUGCAAAACUCAUGGGGCACCCAACCCAUGGUGUGUGAUCAGCCUAUUGGUGAUACUGGCACAUAGUGUGGAGGAGAUACAGGAGAUCAUAGGCUGCCUGUCCUGCAGUGUGUCCCAGUGUACUUCAUUAGAGAUACUGGAAUGUCUCUACUGCAUUUCCACAUUUCUCUUUGCCUUCAAACUGGCUCAGAAAGGCCAGAUUUGGAGUGGGAUGCACUACCGGCUGUACUAUGCUCUGUACCUGUAUGAGAAUGCGUCCUGCUCCAGUGCAGGAGAUCUACAGAGCAUUAUGGGCCAGAACAAGGGAGGGCAGCAGUCACUCAUGAAAUACAGCUCUUCAUCCGAUUCUGUGAGACUUACCCAUGAGCAGAUGAGAAUCGUCAAGUACAUGGCCCGCCCUGAGGAAGUUAUCAAAAUUGUGGCUUUUGCAGGUACUGGUAAGACCACAACACUGGUACGAUACACCCAGUUGAGACCUGGCAAGAAGUUCCUACUGGUUGUCUAUAACAAGUCUGUUUGUGACUAUGCAAAAACAAAGUUCCCUCCAAACGUUGAGUGUAGGACUGGCCAUUCAUUGGCCUUUGGAGCAGUGGGACGAAGAUACACAAAAAAGCUAGGAAAUCUGAAGGUGUACACUCUGACCCAGACGUUGAGAGCACGCAAGGGAGAGAACCUAUUCCUGCAGGCCAAGUUUGUGUUGUCUACCCUGGAGGCAUUCUUUGCCUCGGCAGAUGAUCACAUCUCUGUGAGUCAUGUCCCAAGUACAAAACUAAAUGAGAAGACCGGACAGAAGGAACAGAUAGACAUUCAAACAAAACAGAAUUUGGUUUCUGACGCUAAUAUAAUCUGGGCGAAGAUGAAGGAUUUCAAUGAGAAUAGUGUAUUUAUGACGCACGAUGGGUACCUGAAGCUGUACCAGCUGUCUAGGCCACGCCUCUCCAAGUAUGACUGCAUACUCAUAGAUGAGGCUCAGGAUCUCACACCAGCCAUAACAGACAUCCUGUUGGGGCAGCCCCAGGGCAAGAUCCUGGUAGGGGACCCCCACCAGCAGAUCUACUCGUUCAGAGGGGCUGUCAACGCCAUGGAGAUGAUUCAGGCUGACACGGUGUUCUAUCUCACACAGUCGUUCAGAUUUGGACCAGAGAUUGCACACGUUGCCAUGUCUUGCCUCGAAGUGUUGAAGAAGGAGACAAAGAAAACACUGGUGGGAAGUGGCAAGAAAAGCACAGUGGACGGUACAUCCUUGGGACAGGUGGCCAUUAUAAGUCGCUGUAACUUCACAGUGUUCAGUGAGGCCGUGAAGAAGUGCUGCUACACGCAGGAGGAAUGCAAAGUGGCGUUCGUUGGAGGCACUGACAAUUUUGGUUUUCCGAUGUUGAUGGACAUGUAUUCUUUGCUGUGUCCUCAAAAUGGGUCAAAAGAGGGCUAUGAGAUCAAGAACAAGUUCAUCAAGAUGUUCCCAAACUUUAAGGAGUUGGAGAAGUUUGCAGUAAAGUCCAUGGACGUUGAACUUCAAGGGAAAAUCAAAAUUGUGAAAACCUACCACACCAAUCUGCCCAUCUUGAUCAGGAAAAUAGACAGCAAAUGUGUGAAAGAUGAACGCACUGCAGAUUAUGUGUUCAGCACUGCCCACAAGGCAAAAGGUCUGGAGUUCAGCACAGUGAGACUUACAGACGACUUCAUGGCAGGCGAUCAACAAUCCAUGUUCGUAACCUUGCAGAAUCUGGGCCUGGAUAUGGAAGAUGAUGAGAGGGAGGAAAGGGGAAUGCAGGACGUGAUAGCUGUGAGGGCUGACAAACAGAUAUCUGAAGAUGAGAACAAUCUCCUGUAUGUGGCUGUAACCCGCGCUAAGAAUGCCCUGCAAAUGUCAAAAACUCUGAUGUCAGUGCUGAAAUUAGCAGGGGAACAGUUUGUGUAUCCUGUAGCCAGUGACAAGCUGCGUGAGUCAGGGCAGGUCUUCAGAUGUCGAGGGACCCAUGCAGAGUUCAAGCCACACUGUGUUACUCUUCAGAAAAAGGAGAUCACUUUGGGAGAUGGUGUGUUGUUGAAAGGAGGCCUGUAUAGUCCUGCUCUGCUCACUGAGGAUCACCACAACUUUGCAGAGCUGCUUGGACUCACUGCAGCUGAGAAACAGAAGCAGAAAAAGGAACAGGACGCUUUGUGAUGACAAUGGGAAGAGUUUGGGUGAACAUGGCAUCAGUAUAUAUGUGUGGUGAUGUGAAUAGCUGACUGUGAUCCUUAUCAUAGAAAUGUGAAUAGCUGACUUGAAGACUUAUCAUAAAAAUGUGAAUAGCUGACUUGGAGACUUAUCAUAGAAAUGUGAAUAGCUGACUUAUCAUAGAAAUGUGAAAUAUGAAUAGCUGAUGUGGUGACUAAUCAUAGAAAUGUGAAUAGCUGACUAAUCAUAGAAAUGUGAAAUGUGAAUAGCUGACUUGGAGACUAAUGGAUAGGUGAUUGACCAUCCUUAUCAUGGAAAUGUGUUGCAUGAAAAAAAUACAUAGUUGCCAUAGAAAAUAAAUUUGUGUUAAUUUAUUCCAAGGUAAUAUUUGAAAUCAGUCGAAAGCUCAUUUUAGCUAUGUUAACUUAGGGGACAGGUUGAAAUUUCAGUUUGUUUUAUUGAGUAUUUGGCCAAGGGUGACCUGCAUGAUUGUAUUUAGACAUUAUCAAACUAUACUGUAAGUGAAGAUUAAUUAGGAAAACUAAAAAAUUCAUAAGUUUGAAUACUAUAUGCCUCGUCAUUUUCUUGCAUAUGCAGCUGUUUUGUGUAUCUUUCUUUACAUGUAUAAAGGUAGGUUUGUAUAUGAUUUGUUUCAAGAACUUAAUGACUGUGAUGUUGUCUAGCAUUUUCUUACGAUGAUCAUACUGAGAAUAGUUUAAUUAUCUGUUGAUGUGAAAUCUGUUGAUAUGAAUUAGAUGUUGAUGAGAAAAGAGGUCUGGAACCUGAUGAUGGGAAUGAGCUAUACCAUUUGUAGGUGGCAUGAGCAUAUAGUUCUCAUGGAAACCUUUUAGGAUAUUGUGUUGUCCGUUGUUCGUCACUGUGUUUGUGCAUGUGUCUAUCACAGACACAUGCACGAACACAGUGACGAACAACGGACAGUGUCUGUCCUAUAAUAACAAUUUUCUUCCAAUUAUUUCUCCUCCUUUAUCGCUGGGCUUAUUUGAAACUUCACAGGAAUGAUCCUUGGCUGACCAUCCUACAAGGUUGUUCGAAUUGUUCGGGUCCAAUGCAUAUGUAGGUUAUGAAGCUUAAAAUAGAUUUUAGAAAUGCAACAUUUAAAAAUCUCUGAAACCACAUGAGUCUGGGCUUUAAUAUUUGCUGUGUAACAUCAUCGUGUUGUCCUCUUAAUUAGCUUGUAAAAGUCAUGCCCCUGGCCACAUCCCAUGGGUCACAAGGUUUAUAGAUAGACUGAUAUAGUAUAAAACUUAUCUCAUAUCUUUAUAAAAAAUAUCUCAGACAACACUAUGAUUAGGGAUUUGAUAUUUGGUGUUUAACAUUUUAUUUUGGUCUUGCACCAAGUUUGUUUAAAUCAUGCCAUUGUGGUAAAAAUUGCCCCCACUAUAAGAUUUACUGUUUGUAGUCGAAAAUUGUAUUUGUUUUAAAACUGUCUCAGACUUUUAUAAGUCUGUGUCAUGCAGUUUAAUUUUUUUAUAAAUAAAAACUACAGUUAUUACUCAAACCUCACUAAAUCUACACCUAACUGGUUAGUUUCUACAUGUCUUCUUAAGCAACUAAGGGCUUUUAAGCCCUCUUGUUAUAUGUGGUUGUAAAAAGAAAGAAUAUUUUUUAAAAAUUGGAAAGAUCUGCAGCACUCGAUGUAAUUGUGAAACUGAAGAUGUGAAAUAGGAGUGCUAAUGCUGAGUAUGUUAAUUACAAGCAGUCAGGUAUUUUAACCCUUUCAGUGCGGGAACCGAAUUUUGAAGAACGUGGCGUCUCAUCAGGAUCCAAACUGUUUGCUAUUCUGAUAAUAUUCUUUGAAAAAAAUCGAAGAAAAUGCUAAUUUUAGAAAUUCAGCAGACGACAUUUUAGCAGACGACAAAUUUCCCAGCAUGCAAAAGGUAAAAUAACUAAGCUGCAUGAUGAGGGGAAAGGGAAACUAAUGAUUCGGUAAAUUAUUUACUUCAAUCCUGGUGCUUGGUACUGAACAAUGUGUACAUGACAGAUUUUAAAAGUAUCAUUGUUAGUCAUAAGGUAUCAGUAACAUUUUGUGAUUUAAAAUUGGAACUAAAUAUGUCUUCUCUUGCAUAAGAACAUGACUAGUAGUGUCUGUGAAUGUGUGUAUUUUCAAGUUAUAUGCUAGUUUUGCAAUAGAUGCAUGAAGUAUUACAAUAAUAAACAAUGGUGCAAUUUUAUGUAUUUAGUAAACUGAUGCUGGUCAUUAAUACACGUACGUUUAAAUAAUAAGCCUUUUGUGUACGUGAUAACAAGGCAGCAUAGUUGGACAAAUAAUUGAAGCAAUUAAUGAGUUAUUAAAUUCUAUGUAAAAAUAUUACAUUCAGCAAAUACUGUAUUAAUAGCUUAUUGAUUGCUGUUCAUAUGUUUUGUAAUUCAUAUAUGUCAUUAUGUAUAUCCCUUGCAUGUUUUUUUAAAAGUGAUUUCCUUUGUAAUGGAAAUAAUAAAAGCAUGCAUGAUA